AUGGUAUAUUUAAUCCUAUGCUUCCUUUUGGGCUUCUUCAACUCUUCAUUGCUAUCCCCUUCUUUGUCUGUUUCUUCAACACAUUUAUGUCGUCCCGAACAGAGUUCUGCAUUGCUGAAUUUCAAGAGCAACCUUUGCAUUUCCAGAUCCAUUUAUAAAACUCAUUGUUUAGGAGAAGUUCACAUUCCUUCUCACAAGACGGAUUCUUGGGAUGAAGGUACUAAUUGUUGCAAAUGGGAAGGUGUGAUGUGUGAUAACAAGAAAGGCAAUGUGAUCGGCCUUGAUCUCAGUUGUAGUGGACUAAUUGGUUCCCUCCAAUCAAAUAGUUCCCUCUUCUCACUUCAAAACCUUCGAUGGCUCAACCUUGCCGGUAAUGAUCUCGGCAUCUCUGAAAUCCCAUCUGAGUUUGGGAAGUUGAGGAGUCUAACUUAUCUCAAUCUCUCUGGCGCUGGAUUCACUGGUUUUGUCCCACCUGAAAUCUAUCUUUUGUCAGAUCUAGUUUCGCUUGACCUCAGUCUGAAUUAUGGUUUGUUUUUUAGGAACCAUGAUUUUAACAUGCUUGUCCAUAACCUUACAAAAUUAGAAAAUAUUGUCCUCCGCGGUAUGAGUUUGUCUUUGGUUGUACCUUAUUCUUUCCUUAACUUGACCGUCUCAUUGAAGCAUCUAAGUCUUUCUUACUGUGAUUUGCAAGGAAAUUUCCCAACCCAAGUUUUCCAUCUUCCAUAUCUUGAAAACAUCAUUUUAAAAAGUAAUCCAAAUCUCACUGGUUAUCUACCAGAAACAAAUUGGAGCAGUCCCCUUAGUUUGUUGGAUGUUUCACGGACAAGGUUUCCAAAAGGGUUACCCCGCUCAGUUGGUAAUCUUAAACACUUGAAAGCACUUAGCCUUUCUAGUUGUGUUUUUAUGGGGUCAAUCCCUUCAACACUUGGAAACCUCACAAAACUCACCUUCUUGGAUAUCUCAGACAACAUGUUCCAAGGGCAAAUUCCAGAUGUUUUUGUGAACUUAAACGAUCUAAGUUCCAUGGAUUUUUCCUCUAACAAUUUCAGUGGUGUCUUCCCAUCAUCAGCAUUUAAUCUCACCAGCCUUACUUUCAUGGACUUCUCUUUCAAUUUCCUUCAGGGUACCCUUCCCAACAACAUAAGUGGACUUUCGUAUCUACGAAAACUCUACUUAUAUGCAAACUUGCUUAGUGGUAGAGUACCAGGUUGGUUGUUUAGUCUACCAUCUUUGGAGUAUCUAGACCUCCACUCUAACAAACUUAAUGGUCCCAUUGACCCCAUCCAAGAGCCUAAUCUUGUCCAACAAGUCGAUUUAUCAAAGAAUGAAAUACAGGGAACAGUUCCAAGUUCUUUCUUUGACCUCAUCAACCUUACUUUUCUUGACCUUUCAUCUAAUAACUUGAGUGACAAUAUCAAGUCAUGCAUGCUUGCCAAGCUUAGGAAUCUAACGGUGCUUGAUCUUUCAUUUAACAACUUACUAUCAGUAACUAGGUGUAGUGAUGAUGUCAAUUCUACCCUACCCAUGAUAGAUCAGUUCUAUUUCUCUUCUUGCAACAUGCAACGUUUCCCAAGCUUCUUGAAUGCAUCCAAGUCCUUGCGAGAUUUAGAUAUUUCUGAUAACCAAAUUCAUGGUUCUAUUACGAAAUGGGAAGCCGAAGGAUGGGAGAACUUGGUCACUUUAAGACUUUCUAUGAACUUCAUGACUGGCGUAGAGCAAGUUCCGGGGAAGAAUCUAUUGACUCUCGACCUUGGUUCCAAUUCACUUCAAGGACCACUUCCAGCUCUGCCACGAACAUUGCUUUAUUUGUUAAUCUCAGACAAUGAGCUGGUCGGAGAAAUCCCUUCAAAGAUUUGUAAUUUGUCUAUUCUUGCUGUACUCGACUUGUCCAAGAACAAGUUGGGUGGAAUUAUUCCAGACUGUCCUGGGAAUUUUAGUGACCUUCUCCAAGUUGUGAAUUUGAAUAUGAAUUACUUUAUUGGAAAAAUCCCAAGAUGGCUUCAAAGUGAUUCGUUGAGAAGUCUUAACCUCAAUGGCAACCAACUUGAAGGAUCUAUUCCACAAUCAUUGGCGAACUGCAACCGUUUGGAAGUUUUAGAUUUAGGCAACAACAAAUUGGAGGACACAUUUCCAUAUUGGUUAGGUACACUUCCGGAGCUGCAAGUUCUUGUCAUUAGAUCUAAUAGAUUCCAUGGUGACAUUCGGAAUUUCAAUGACACAUAUUCCUUCAGGAGUUUGCGAAUGAUUGAUCUCUCUCGAAAUGAGUUUACUGGUCACUUGCCACUUGAACUCUUUGAAAAUUUCAAAGCAAUAAGAGAUAUUCAAGAAAACAAAACUGGUGGUCCAGAGUACAUUGGUGGAGAUUAUUAUCAAGACUCAGUAACUGUAACAAUGAAAGGGUCGGAUUUUGAACUUGUGAGAAUUUUAACUGUUUUCACAGUCAUUGAUUUUUCAAGCAACCAUUUCAAGGGGCCGAUUCCUAAAGCAAUUGGAGAACUUAACUCACUCAUAGUGCUUAACUUCUCACACAACAGCUUAACAGGUAAUAUCCCACCAUCAUUUGGAAAAUUGGCAGCACUUGAAUCAUUGGAUCUCUCAUCAAACAAGCUUCAAGGAAGAAUUCCAAUACAAUUAACCAACUUGACAUUUCUGGGAGCAUUGAAUAUUUCUCAUAACAAUCUUGAAGGGCCUAUACCGUUAGCUAAUCACUUCGAUACUUUCUCAAAUGAUUCCUUCGCCGGCAACUCCGGGCUAUGUGGAUUCCCACUGUCAAAGACAUGUGGCAACGACCAGGAACCAAAGUCACCUCCACCAACAGUUGCUGAUGAAUCUGAAAUAGCACUUACUUGGAAAAUUGCAGCAAUGGGUUAUGGAAGUGGACUAGUGAUAGGAUUGAGCAUGGGAUACAUUGUUUUCACAACUGGGAGACCUCGUUGGCUAGUGAAAAUGAUCAAGCGAAACCAAGAAAAAAGAAUGAGGAGGAGGAUCCAUCGAAAUGGAAGGAGGAAGAAUUAG